GUGAGACUUUCCAAGAGGCGACUCCCCAGAGUGGAGGAGCGUUAUUUACAAGAGGUACAAGGCGAAGGAUAAGAGGCAUGUCUCCAGAGGAUGACCUUCGAAGUCCCCCCCUUGGUUUCAGCGGUACCAGGGAGGAUUUCACUCUGAGUCGUGGCGACCUAGACAACAGUCAUGAGCCUGUUGGUAGGACCAGGGCACGCAGCAGUCUCCAUACAGGAACCCCAGAGUGUGAGAUCAGCUGUCUCAGAGAUUUUGGCAAUAAAAAGAUUCCUUUCCUGAAAAUGCUAAUGGAUGCAGAAGCAGCUGCCAAUUCUGCAGCAAUCCAGCUAGUGUCGUUUAAAGACGCCAUGGACGAUGAGUAUGCUGAUUCAAGACAGUCUGCCAAAGAUAAACGCCGAAUUGCAAGACAGCGUGGACUUCUGCUGGAAAAGCUAGAGGACUUUAGACGAAUUAAUAAGUCAGUGCGACAGAAACUGAAACAGCUCCAAGAGGCAGAGGCAAAUCGAAUUGAUGCAGACCAGCAGAUUGACACGCUGCUGAAGAAGAUCAUGCAGGCUGAGAGUGAAAAUGAGAAUUUAAAGAAAGAUUUGAGUGAGAGUGAACAGAAGGUCAGGGAGCUGAUAGAUCUGCGGGGAAAAGAGCAGGAGAACGUAAAGAGUGCAGUUCACAUGACCAAGUCAGCAGAGGCAACACGUGCUCACCUACAGGGACAGCUACGCAACAAGGAAGCUGAAAACAAUCGUCUUACUGUACAAUUACGGGCUCUGGAGAGACUCAUAACCGAGCAGAAGCUGGAGAUUGAUGACCUGAAGGGGUCUAUCACCUCUCUGUCUGCGAAGGCAGCACAGGACAAAGAAUCUCUGAAGAAAGCCACCCGAGCUCAGAAACUGAGAGCGGAGAGAUUUGAAGCUGCUAUUGAGAAAUGCUAUGCACAGCUGAGGGAAAAGGAUGCUCAGCUGGCCAAAGCCCAUUCAGAGAGAGACUCGAGGAGACGACAGAAGGAGCAGACAACAGAUGAGAAAGACAAACUCGUUGCUCAUAUAGACUUAUUGAAAAGCCAAAUUGCAGACUUGACAAUGAGAGUGCAGAAGGAGAAGGACGAGCUAACUGCAGCAAAUGAAACUCUGAUGCAAAGGCUCGAAAAACUCAGCUCAGACAACGGAGAACUCGGCAUAAAUAAUGCAACACUCAAGGAAUCUGUAGCUCAGCUGGAGCAGCAGCUCGCUGAGUACGAGUCUGCCCUCGUAGAGGAGAAGAUCGUCUCACAGGAGAAGAAGCACCAAGCUGAACAGUGCCGUUAUCAGGUUGCACAACUUCAAGCUGAGCUCCAUGAUCUAAAGAUAAAAUAUACAAGUCUUUUAAGAGAAACAGAGAAGACACGAGAUGGAAAAGAGGCAGAAGUUGAGAAGGUGAGGCAGGAGCUGCAGGGGCGCGUGGAGGAACUGAACGCUUACCCCGAGUUACUGAAUGCAGCUGAGCAGAGUCUCUUUGAGUGCCAGGAAAACCUGCAGCGCUUGGAGAGGAAGUGCUCAGAAAAGUCAGAGUCCAUUAGGCAACUGCAGGUUAAGAUGGAGAGUCAAAGCAAACUGCUGAGAUCAUCUGCAGAGAUGAGGGAGUCCAUUCAUGAGGCCAACUUACAAUUACAAGAAAAACUGAUUUCUAUCCAAAAAGAGACAGACAAACUGCAGCAAGAGAACCUGGAGCUGGUACGGAGGCUCGCAGCUCAGGAGGAAGCUCUCAGCUACAGCAACCAGCAGCUGGAUCAGCGCUCAUCAGAGUGUCAGGCCGUCAGCCGACAGCUGGAGACAGCUUUAGCAGACGUCAGACAACAGGUCACUAAGGUGAAAGAAGAGGCUGUUUCCAAGGAAGAGGCUCUUCAAACCAAAAUCCUAGAGCUGGGAGCCGAGAAGAGCAGAAGGGAAAGCGAGCUGAGGCUUCUUCGCCAGAGCAAGCUCAACGCAGAGAAGCAGUAUGAGGUACGUCUGAAGGACCUGCAGCUUAGCCUGGACCAAUCAGAGAGCCACAAGCGAAGCAUUCAGAAUUAUGUCGAUUUCCUCAAAAACUCUUAUAAGGCCAUGUUUGAUGAAGGACUGCAAACAUCAACAUCUUAUUUUCUGAAAUGAUGGAGGUUUGCAUUUUAAAUCCUGAUUUGUUUUGCACUCUGAUAUUUAUUGGGUCUGUUUAAAAGGGCAACAUGGGGGUAACUAAACCCUGAUUUUUAAUUGGUUUGAUCAGUUUCUACUUGUACAUUCAGAUUUUUGAACUGCAUUUCCAGGAAUCAAGUAAUCUGCUGCUGUUUUUUUAAAAUACUGUAAUGUUUUCAGAUGUUUGUACAUCUUGAACUAUGAUGUUUUGGUGCUAUUCUGUCCGUAUGACAAGGAGCUUGUUGCAUAACUGUUACAUAAGAUUGACCAAACUCUGAGUUGAGUAACACCUAAUAGUACUGUUGCAUAAAUAUUACAUAUUUCCGGUGUGAAUGUAAGAUAGCAAAGACUACACUGGACUGCAGGAAACCUCUUUUCAAUUUCUAUUAUUUUAUAAAUUUUAAUAGAUUCAUUUAUAAAAAACAAAACAAAAGGACUUUCCAGCAGGGUAACACGAAAUUGCUAGAAGGACUAGCAGUCAGGUUAUUUUAGGCACAAUGCAGUAUGUACUUGAUCUGUCUUAUGCAAGUGGCUACAGCUGAACAACUUUUUUCCACAGCCUGCAACUGAACACCAACGAAAUUAUGACAGCAGUUGUUGGCCAAUGCAAGUGGUGCUUGAAAACGAAACAUUUUAUUGGUGCUUACAUCCUUUUCAGUAACCUUUGUGUCUUUAUAAUGCAUUCAAACAGUGCACGUGUGCGAUGAUAAAUUACAUGUGCAAGUAAAGCAGCAGGCACUCCCCUCAAAUAAUGUUUGAUUGUAAGUCAGAUACAUGUGUGAUUAAAAUGUGAAUUUAUGAAUUGAAUGAAUUCAGAGUGAACUGAAAACAUGCAAAUGUGGUGCACAGCACAGUGCAUCACUGGUGGAAGGGUUUCCCAGCUGCCAGUAAUGGCUAUCUACACUCUGCCAUAUUAAAGACGUAGCACACUGUGUGUAGUACCUGAAAUAAGUGCCACCCUCGUGUAACACUAUGCCCUCUUCACUUAAACUUGCACAUUCUGACAGGGUUGCGAUAUCUGAUAAUUGGCAAAAUUAUAAAUUAGCCCCUAAAGGCUGCCAGAAUAAUAUAAAUCCCAAUUCAAAUAUAACAUUCUUGCUAUCAAUAUGCAAUAAGCAGUUUAUACAUUUAGAAACAGAUUUCUGCUCCAUCUUCUCCAUGGGCUUGAUCCUAUAACGCUGAUAACUGUGGAAGCUUCCACGCCGUCAUUCCCAUCGUCAGUUCAGCAGAAAGCAAAACUUUUGGAUUCACAAAAAAAAAAAAUCUAAUUUUAAUUGCAAAUGACUUUUUGUUUGGUCACAUUUUGUCCCAGCUGUGUUUACCUGCGAUAGAAUGAAUCCAUAUUUCCAGCUGUGACUUUGCCCAUCACCCAUAAUAAAUCUUCUGCUCUGACUAGUGAAGCUGAUUCAAAAUUCAGCGUCUUUACUUUUAAUUUCCCUGUCAUCCUCCCGGUGCUGGAAACAGGCGUUUGUUUGUUUGUUGGUAGUGGACAUAGCAAAGGUGUGGUGUGCACUGGUUGUGUUUUAUAUUAGGAUUCUCAGCUGGACUGAGAAUAAUUAUGUGUAGCCAUUAGCUGUGAAGUCCAUGCCUUUAGGUUGCAAAUGUAACUGCCCACUUCUAUCUCUGUUGUUGGUUUGUCUAAUAAAAAUCUUAUAUUAAUCUGGCCUGGAGGCAAACACAAGAGCUCCGGUAUCAGCUGCAGCGUGACUUACCGAGAUUUACCAAAAAACUGAGCCAUAAAUGUACUGUGUUUAUUUCUUUUGUUCUCUCACUGUUGCUUGUGCUUCCCUGCUGUAUCUAUGGUAAUAAACUACUGUGAGUCCAGACCUCUGAAAGACUGAUGUGUUCCUGCAUCGGACGUAUUCCCUCGAGUGAGCAGGCCUCCUCUCAAGUUCUCAGAGACAAAGCUCUAUUGUGCUCUCCUUCGGGGGAUGGAACGAUUUCAUGGCUGCGUGCGUCAGUACUUCUGUUUUUUUCCUUUGCUCUUGUGGUCUUGCCUGUUUACGUAAUUCUGUCGAUCACUUUGGGAAUUUGCUUUUUUCUGCUGCUUUCUGCUUACAUCUGACUUUCGGCAUUUCAGCGCUGAGAUGGGCACACCCUGUGCUUAUGUGCUUGUUAGGCUCAACAACUUUGAUAGCCCUGACGCAUAAACCCUUGCAGCUCUGCGUAAACCUGUUGGUUGGGUUAGUAGUUAUGUCCCAGCUCAGCUCAGGGGUGGUGGAAAGUGCCAUUCAACCAGACAGCCAAACGCAAGAUUUAUGAAUUACAAAAGAGGCAAACUGCAUGGAUAAAUAGGGGUUGGCAAAUCAAAGAAAAUUUAAAAAAACAGACGGGAGAUUUAUAGAGUUCAAGAGAUUAUUAAAGUUCAAAAGAAAACAACUCCCUGCCCAAAACAAAGAGCAGAGCAGCAACACCCUUUUCCCUAAUGUAGCUAAACAAAAGAAAUGGCUGAUGUGUGCACAACCCCAGGCAUACACAAGCACCUCAAAAACAUCAUCACUGCUCCUUAUUAUCUGCUCAUAGCCCUAAAACCGAAUCAGCAUAACACAUCUUAGUGUGUGCAUCACAAACAGCAGUCUUCAAUGAGACCUUAACCAGGUGCAUCUAGUGAAUGCUGGUCCUGGACAGGACCAGCAUCUCUCUAAUCAGCAGCAGAGACAGAGUGAUUGAUUGCGACAGAGCCAAGUGAUGGCACAGCAGAGCCCACCUUUGACAGAAAUACUGAAGAGGACACAAGAGCAACAACAGCCACGGCCGUGCAAUUCACAGUCAUAUUUCUGUCACAUUUGCCUUCUAUUCUGCAUAUCGUAAAUCGCAGUGGAGGGUUUAGAUUAUCGGUGUAAGCCUAUACCACUGCCAGAAAGCAAAAAUCUGCAACUUGUGCCGAGCAUCUGUGCAGCACCAGGCAAACUGCUGAGAAGUUUACAUUACAGACAUUCCCAAAACUAUUCAGUGACAUGUAGGUCCUCUCAGAAG